AUGAAUAACAGUACAUGGCAGCAUCCGUUUGUUAAUAUUUUCAAACAUUUUGAUAUUGGUUCAACUAAAAAAUGUGCCAAACAAGGCGAUGUUACUGCUCUUAUGGAUCGUGAUUUAAAAUCAACUGUAUUUCGUAUACGUGGUCUUGUUCCAGCAAAUAAUUAUAUACAAUUUCCAGCUCAAUUACCAAAUCAAAAUCUUGGUUUAACAGGUCAUUUAUUUUAUGUAUUAUUUCGACCAAUAUUUGAUAAAUUUUUUUCUAUUCACAUUGAUAUUCUUACACAUGAACAACAUAUUGUACGUAUAUCAUUAUCAAAUUUAUUUCGUGAAUUUAAAACAACACAAACAUGUAUACAAUUUCCAUAUACAUCAACAAAUUCAAAUAUACAUUGGACAAUAUUAUGUUUUGAUUUAGAAUCAAUAUUAUUAAAUUAUAUGACAAAUCAACAUUAUCAUAUGAUUAAAUCAUUUCAAUUAUGUGGAAAUAUGAUGGUUAAAAAUUGUUUUUCAUCACAAUUUUUCUAUGAACCUGGAUUAAGUCAUCAUAAAAUUAAACAUAAUCAUUCAAAACAAUCUUCAGUUCGUUUAUUACCACGUGAAUUAUCAUAUCCUAUUGGUAAAGAUGAAUCAUGGCAUGAUAAAUAUGAUUUUAUUAUGAUACCAAAUUCAUUAUUAAUUAAUCAAAAUUCAAAUGAAACAUUGGAUCAAAUUGAAAAUGUUCAUUUACAAACAUCAAGAGAAUUAAAUAAAAACGAUGAAUCAAUUAAUCAAUCAUUAACAAACUCAACACUUAAUACACAAAAUACAAUUUCACCAAGAGAUAAUCAAAAUAAUUGGCCAAUAAAUAUUAAUCCUAUUGAUGGUUUUCCAUCAUUACCUACAAUGCAUGAAUCUUCGUUACCUUCAACUUCAUCACAUCAUAAUGAUGAUGGAAUUCAUCUUUUUGUUAAACCACAAACAAUUCCAUUGAUUAAUUUAAAUCAUGAUGAUUUUAAUUUUGAUCUUGCUCUUACAACUGAUCGUUCUCAACAAUCUCAUUUACCUGAUCCAAUACUUCGUCUACGUACUGUUAUUGGUUUAAGUAAUCGUAUAAAUAAUUCAAGAAAUUUAUUAUGGACACAAGAUGGUAAUUAUGUACUUUAUCCAUCAAAUGCUAUUGUCGUUCAAAUGCAUGUUGAAACUCAACAACAAUGGUUUUUUAUUGGACAUACAGAUAAAGUUAGUGCUAUUGCAUUUAAUGGAAAUUCUUCAUUAUUAGCAACAACACAAACUGGACCAAAUGGUAUUCUUCGUUUAUGGAAAUUUGAAACUCGUCGUUGUAUUUGUGUUAUUCGUGUACCAGGUACAUGUAAUUUACAUGCACUUGAUUUUGGUAUUCGAAAUUUAUCAGAUUCAUCUUCAACACUUGUUGUUGUUGGUCAUGGUGAACAACCACAACAAUCACGUACUGUUGUUUGUGUUUAUAAUACAUUAAAUGCACAUAAAGGUUCAAUUGAAUUAAUAUGUCGAACAACAACAGAUACAUCAAUAACACAUAUACGUUUUGUUCCAUAUGAUUCAACAAGAUUUAUUUCAAUUGGUUUAGAUAAUAUACGUUUUUGGCGUAUGAAAAAUGAUAAUGAUUUAAAAUCUAUGAGUAUAUCUGUUGAUGAUAUUGAUCAAUUAGAAUAUACAGAUUUACAAUUUGAACAUUUAUCAAAUAAUAAAUUAAAUGAAUUAAUUGUUUAUAUAUCAUCAAAAAGUGGUCAUAUACUUGAAUUAUUAUAUGAUGAAAGACGUGUUAUUAAAAUUCAUCGUUUAUUACCAAUAAAACAUUCAAAUGGUUCAACAGAUAAAAUAACAAUGUCUAAUGGACCAACAAUUGGUAUAUGUGCAUUUACAUGUACAAGUAAUUUUUCUAUAACUGGUUCAAAUGAUGGAUAUGUUCGUGUAUGGUCAAAUAAUUUUACACAAGUUUAUAUUGAAGCUAAACAUGAUCAAGGUAUAUGUGGUUUAACUACUUCACAUGAUCAAACACGUAUAUUAAUUUCAACUAUAUCUGGUACACUUGGUAUAUUAAAUCUUGUUAAUAAAGAACAUAUUAAUUUAAUACGUACACAUACACAAUAUGUAACAGAUAUUGAUUAUGAUGAUACAAGAAAACAAAUGAUUAGUGUUGGAAAAGAUGGAACUAUACGUAUAUGGUGUUUUCGUACAGGUAAACAAUUAUCUGAAUUUACUGCUGAACGUGAAACACCAGUUAUUGUAACAUAUGCACCAAAUCGACAAACAUUUGCUUGUGGUUUUAAUAAUGGUACAAUUAAAAUUUUUGAAUUGAAUACAUCAAUUAUAUCAGCUGAAAUUACACAUCAUACAAUAGGCAUUACUGGUUUACUCUAUGCUCAUAAUGGUGAACGUUUAAUAAGCACUGAUGAAGAAGGCAAUUUAUGUUUAUUGGAUGCUAAUGAUAGUUAUAAAUUACAACGUACAGUAGCUAAAGCUUUAUCAAUAUCACGAAAAGGUAUAACAACAUUAUCUAUAAGUCCAGAUGGUAAACAUACAGCAUAUGUUGGACCAACAGAAUUUAUUGUAACAAUUAUUGAAACAAAUAGUUUAAAUCAAACACUUCGAAUUGAUAUAAGUAGUUGUACAUUAAUAACUAAUGAUCGACGAUCAAUAACAUCAACAGAAGCAGCUUUAUUUGUACGUUUUGCACCUAAUCGACAAUUAUUAGUUGCAACAACAAAUUUUAAAUUACUUAAAUUUGAUUCAUAUACAGGAAAACUUUUAAAUAUUAUAAGUAAUAUACAUAAACGUACAUUUGAUUGUCUAACUCUAUCAUCGGAUAGUCAAUAUUUAGUUACUGGUGGUGAUAAUAUGAUUAAAUUUUGGAAUGAUGCAAAUUUUCAAAGUUUUGUUGGUCAUUCAGAACCAAUACGAAAAAUAUUUUUUACAAAUGAUAAUAUGCAUAUUGUAAGUAUUGGUGAUUCAAUAUUUAUAUGGGAUGUACUCGCAUGGACUACACCACGACCAGCACUUUUAAAUAAAACACAAUGCACCGUGCCUUCAAAACUUAUUGAACGUGUGCCUAUUCUAUCUACUUUGGAUAAUAAUAAUGGACAACCGAGAAAUCCACCUGAACCAUUUCAGUAUAAUCAACAAACAAAUGGUCAUACAGCUCGAGCUAUAACACGAUCAUUAUCAAAUUCUGAACUUGAUAAAAAUAUAAGUGUAUCUAAAGGACAAAAAAAAACAAACAAUAAAAACUUAUUAACAAAACAAAUCGAUAAUCUACCAACGAUUCGACGUCAUUUUAUUCAACGAAUUAAUCAUUCACAAUUAGCUAAAAAACGUUAUAUUGCACCAGUUAAUCAAGAAAGUCUUAAACUUAAAUCUAUAAUUGGUUAUAAUGGCAAUGGAAGAGAAAAUCUUGUUUGGCAUGCACAUAGUGGAUUUUUUGCUUAUAGUGUUGGUUGUAAUGUUAUUGUAGAAAAUCUUAAUAAUAAUCAUCAAACAAUUUUAACCGGACAUACUGAAGAAAUCUCAACUUUAACUUUGUCAAAUGAUGUGACUAUCUUGGCAAGUGCACAAUGUUCAACAAUAACAAACAAAGAUGAAUUACAAACAAAAAUUAUUAUUUGGGAUAUAAAGACGCUUCAACAAAAGUUAUAUCUUCAGCAAUCAGUUCAUGCAGUUCAAUCAAUGGCUUUUUCAAGAGAUGAUCGUUUUCUUAUUACUAUGGGUGAUUAUCGAAAACCAUUACUUACUUUAUGGUCCGCACAUAAUUAUACAAAUUUACUUAAUUGGCAAGAUGAAUCUUCAUCAAUUUAUAUGAAUUGUCUUGCUUGGAAUUCUAUGCGUGCAAAUGAAUUUUGUCUUGGUUGUUCAAAUGGUUGUAUUCGUUUUUGUACAAUUAUUGAACAAACAAAUGAUACAAAUAUACGAUUACAAGUUGUUAAUGGACAAGUUCCAUUAUCAAUUAAUGAACAUACAAAAAAUUCAUGUGAAAUAACUUCAUGUGUUUAUUUAAUAUCAUAUUCUCAUCUUGUUCUUUGUUCAACUAAUUCUGGUUUUAUAACAUGUUGGAAUACACGUACAAAUUCAUGUCUUCUUCAUUGGAAAGCUGAUUCAAAUGAAAUAUGUUAUAUGACAACAAUUAAAUAUAAAUUAUUAACAGGUUCAUCAACUGGUUGUUUAAAAUUAUGGAAUAUUGAAAAUCUUGAAAUUAAAUUAGAACAAACAAAUAUUAAUGAUUCAAAUUAUGGUUUAACAAUACAAGAUGAAUUUCAACUUGAUGAUGGAAUUAUUAGUGGAUCCUUUGAUAAUAUAUUUGAUAUGGGUAUUGUUGGUACAUUAUGUGGAUCAUUAUGGUAUAUUUGUUGGACAACAGAACGAACAAAAACUCGUCUUAUUGCUUCACACACAGAUUGUAUAACUGAUGUCAUACCUAUUGAAGAUACUCAUAUAGUUACAAGUAGUCUUGAUGGUACAAUAAGAAUUUUUCAAUUAGAAGAUCGAAAUGAAAUUCUUCGUUUUGAUGCUAAUGGAUUAGUAAUUCAAGGUAUUGUUUUACGUGUAUUAAAUGAACACCGUGGCAAUGCACCAAUUUGUAUGAUUGAUUCUAAACAAUUAUUAGAAAAUAAUUUAUAUAUAUGGUUAAUAACAAGUCAUGAUCGACGUGUUAGUUUAUGGAAAUCAAAUCAACAAUUUGACUUAUGUCAAUUAAUUGAUUGGUUAACAUUUUCAGCACCAUCAUUUGCACCAGAUGGUACAACUAUACAUAAUAAUAAUAAUAAUAAUAAUAAUAAUUGGCAAUCAUAUCCACCAAGUUUAGCUCGUUUUAUUGAUCAAAAUUUAUUAAUGUAUAUUGGUUAUGGAAUGGAAAAAUCAAUACAAAUUUAUAAUCUUGAUACAAAACAAAUAAUUCGUACAAUAUCAUUAAAUCAAUGGUGUUCAUGUUUUGAUAUAUCAAAUAUUAAAAAUAAUGAAAAUGAAAAUUGUUUAAUAGCAAUUGGUACAAAAGAUCGUUUAGUACAAUUAAAAGAUUAUACUCAGGAAACAUUUCAGGAUUUUAUUGGUAACAGUGAUAGUAUAUCAAAUAUUAAAUUUUUAAAAAAUAAAUCUUAUGAUUCAUUAAUAACAACAUCAUCAAAUGAAAUAUUUCUUUGGAAUAUAGGUUUAAAUUAG